GGCGGGAUUUCAGGAUGACUGACACUUCUGAAGCUGUUCCAAAUUUUGAAGAGAUGUUUGCGAAUAGAUUCACAGAAGAUGAUAAAGAGUACCAGGGAUACUUGAAAUGUCCUCCUGAAACCCCUCCAAUUAUUGAGGAAUGGAAUAGCAGAGAUGGUGGAAAACAAAGAAAUAAAGGCAAUCGGCUGCAAGGUAACAGACAGUUUAGAGGUAGGGAGAGCAGACAUGGAUGGCCAAGUGACAAUCAAUCAAAUCAGUGGCAUGGACGAUCCUGGUAUAACAAUUACCCCCCACAACAUAUGCAGGAACCUUACUAUCCACCUCAAUAUGGACAAUAUGGUUACAACCAAUGA